AUGGACCUCGAGACUCCCUCGCGGCUUUCCGAUGAGAUGGUCAAUUUCAGUCUUCUGCAUCCGACCGCAGCCUCCAUCCUAACCCCGCGACUGGGCUCCCUUGCCGUCGCGGGCAGGAAGGCCAUUCCCACGCCGAACUACACUCCUCUGACGUCGCGAGGAGCGGUGCCACAUGUGGCGCAUGAUAUGAUGCGCAGUCAGACUGCCAUUGGGAGCUUGUAUUUUGGAUUGGAGGAUUUCAUGCAACAGCAGAAUAAAAAUUCGUUCCCAAUUUACCAGACCCCCACGGGGCCUCAUGAGUCGGCCUUGCGCAAGUUCACCUGCUUCCCGGACGAGCUCGUAUUGAUUCUGGGACCACGUCGCGUGCCUCCGAUUGCCACCCCUCCGACAAACACGGCCAACUCGAUCGCGGUCAUGACGUCUUUCGGAUUCCGACAGCUAGAAGCCAACCAAUAUACUGAAGCCGUGCAGAAGCUCCGACCGGAUAUCGUCGUUGGCCUAGCCGAUUUGGUUCCGGGCCAGCAACCCGGUUUUAAGAGGCGCGGGAAGAUGGUCGAUCGGACCCAUGCGUUCACGAUGCAUGCCACCGACCAGCUAUAUGGACAAGCGGUUCCGGAGGAAUGCCGCUCUAAGGCCGCUUACUUCGCGCCGGUACUGCCGCUAGAAAACACCCAGCAGAUGCUGUAUCUGGACGAACUGGAACGUGAUCUACGUCCGUACGUCUCCGGUCUGGCAUUGUACGAGUCGGCAUCACUGUCAAUCUUACCGGAAUCCUUGGGCGGUCUCCCACGACUGCUUUUCAGCGAACCGGCAACGCCGCAUGACAUUCUGCGGGAGGUGUCGCUAGGUGCGGACCUGGUCACCGUGCCUUUUGUGGGCACCUGUUCAGAUGCCGGAAUCGGACUAGAUUUUAUCUUCCCCUCUCACGCUUCAUCCGGAUCUAUCGCCGAAGAAGCUCGACCGCUCGGAUUCGACCUCUGGUCGUCGACAUACACAUCCGACACGAAACCGUUAGUUGAAGGCUGCCAGUGCUAUUCGUGCCGGAAGCACCACCGCGCCUAUAUCCACCAUCUCCUAACGGCCAAGGAAAUGCUGGCGUGGACCCUCCUCCAGAUCCAUAACCUCCACACCAUGGACACUUUCUUCUCUCGGAUCAGAGAAAGUAUCCAGUGUGGCACCUUCGACACUGAUGUCCAGACAUUCCAGCGGUUCUACACCUCGCAGCUUCCCGCACAGACUGGCCAAGGCCCCAGACUACGCGGCCAUCAGGUCACACCCUCGAGCGCCAACCAACCACGCCGGAACCCUCGCGCGUUCGGUCGACUGGAUGAUGCGUUGGAGAAAUUCGCCGAAUCGCAAUCGUCUUUGGCCACACCCGAUACGGAUGCCGAUGGCCUGGAAGCGCACGGAUUUGCAGAGAAACAACGGUCUUGA